AUGGAUGCCAGGAAGGAGGGGGAGCACUCCGCCUGGGACUGCGGCAGCCCGCUGUACGAUGCCUGCGAGUUGGCCUCGCUGGCUCAACUCCUCGACCGGCACCUCCUCUUCAUCCCCGCCUCCGGCGGGCCUACCGCCGGCGCCGCCACAGCGGCGGAACGAGGUGAGCAGAGGAAGAAGAGCGUGAGCAUGAAGACGGGGACCAGGCGGCAGGGGGGGUAUCUGCUGACGGCUGUCUCUUUCUGGAGGAAGCGAUGGCCCCGUUCGUCUCGUGCCGAGGAGACCACGGCGAGGAAGAAAUAA